AUGACAAACUUACCUGAUUAUUACAGUAUUCUGGACAUUCCCGAAACCGCUACACAGGAGGACAUUCGCCAAGCCUACAAAAAGCAGGCACUGCUUCACCACCCCGACCGUCUUCCUGACACUGCGACGGCCGCUGAACGGGCAGAGCAAACGAGACAGUUUCAGUUGAUUGCCGACGCUUAUUAUAUCCUUAGUGAUUCCACACGUCGGGAAGCCUUUGAUCGAAAUAGGGCACAACACAGAACGUUUGCUUCAUCCUCCACUGCUGAGCCGACUACAUCCACAAACUAUGCACAUCAUAUGUUUGGUAAUGUCUUUGAAGAACUAUUGCGCCCAGAAGUGGAACAUCCAUCGCAUCUUUGGCGAAUCUUGGGUGCUGGUGCGGGAGCGAUUCUAGGAUUUAUUAUCGGCAACGUAGGGGGUCUUGCUGUGGUAAGUUCGCGUACAGGUUUUUUUCCAUAA